CCAAUAUCUAUUCAGCAGCUUCCACUGCAGGGGCGAUGAGAACUGGAGGCAGUCUUGAUGAAUCUGAAAGGAUGAUGAAGUCUUCUUUACAUGCAGAAGAGGAUGAUUUUGUGCCAGAGCUUCAGAGAAGUAUUCAUCCCCGUGAAAGGCCAGAUUGGGAAGAGACUCUUAGUGCAAUGGCGAGAGGAGCAGACAUCCCUGAGAUUUCAGGAGAACUACCAUUGCGAACGUGUGGAAGCACAGCCAGCAUGAAAGUGAAGAACGUGAAAAAGUUAUCCUUUACAAAGGGCCAUUUUCCAAAGAUGGCCGAAUGUGCACACUUCCACUAUGAAAAUGUGGAUUUUGGCAAUAUACAGCUUUCACUCCCAGAGGAACAGAAUGAAGUAACAAGAAAUGGCUGUGAAUCGAAGGAGCUUGUCUACCUUGUGCAAAUUUCUUGUCAGGGCAAGAGCUGGAUCGUGAAGCGGAGUUAUGAAGAUUUCAGAGUACUUGAUAAGCAUCUUCACUUGUGUAUUUAUGACCGGCGAUUCUCCCAGCUCUCAGAGCUGCCUCGUUCGGAUGCCUUGAAAGACAGUCCAGAGCUUGUCACCCAGAUGCUGAUGGCUUACCUGUCGCGACUCUCGGCCAUUGCCGGCAACAAGAUAAAUUGUGGCCCUGCUCUCACGUGGAUGGAGAUUGAUAACAAGGGGAAUCACCUGCUAGUCCAUGAAGAAUCGUCCAUUAAUGUUCCUGCUAUAGCAGCUGCCCACGUUAUUAAAAGAUACAUUGCUCAGGCAGCUGAUGAACUAUCCUUUGAGGUGGGAGAUAUUGUAUCUGUUAUUGACAUGCCUCCGAAGGAGUUGACUACCUGGUGGAGGGGAAAACAUGGAUUUCAGGUGGGAUUCUUUCCUAGUGAAUGUGUUGAACUAAUUAAUGACAAAGUUCCUCAGUCUGUGACCAAUUCUGUGCCAAAGCCAGUCUCCCCUGCUCAUGGAGCCCGUCCAGCGUCCUGGAGCUACUUCCCCCCUUAUUUGGAGAUGGAUAGUAUAAAGCCAGGUUCAGCAUGUGUAUCAGAGACUCUGAACCAAUCCCAGCUGAGUUCAGUGUCAAAAAAACACGGCAAGCUUAUAACUUUCCUGCGCACAUUCAUGAAGUCUCGGCCAACGAAACAGAAACUGAAGCAACGUGGGAUCCUAAAGGAGAGGGUGUUUGGCUGCGACCUUGGAGAACAUCUCCUCAAUUCUGGCCAUGAUGUCCCCCAGGUCCUCAAGAGUUGCACUGAAUUCAUUGAGAAACAUGGCAUUGUGGAUGGAAUAUACCGUCUGUCUGGGAUCGCUUCCAAUAUCCAGAAGCUACGGCAUGAAUUUGACUCGGAGCAAAUCCCUGACUUGACGAAAGAUGUAUACAUUCAAGAUAUACACUGCGUGGGUUCACUGUGCAAGCUGUAUUUUCGAGAACUCCCAAAUCCCCUGCUCACCUAUCAACUAUAUGAGAAAUUCUCAGAUGCAGUGUCUGCUGCUACAGAUGAAGAACGGUUAGUUAAAAUCCAUGAUGUCAUCCAACAAUUGCCACCACCCCACUACAGGACUCUGGAGUUCCUAAUGAGGCACUUGGCCCAUCUUGCUGAUUACUGCGCCAUCACAAAUAUGCACACCAAGAAUUUAGCAAUUGUCUGGGCACCAAACCUACUGAGGUCAAAGCAGAUAGAAUCUGCCUGUUUCAGUGGAACAGCUGCUUUUAUGGAGGUUCGAAUCCAGUCAGUUGUUGUGGAAUUCAUCCUCAAUCAUGUGGACGUCCUUUUCAGUUCCAAACUCAGCUCUGUUAUUCGAGAGAGCGCCGGUCACAGUUCCUUGUCGCGGCCUAAAUCUUUGCUGGUAUCUUCUCCCUCCACAAAACUGCUCACGUUAGAGGAAGCACAAGCGAGGACUCAAGCCCAGAUAAAUUCGCCCAUCGUGGCAGACAGCAAGUACAUUGAAGUGGGUGAAGGACCUGCUGCUCUGCAGGGAAAAUUCCACACCAUCAUAGACUUUCCAUCUGAAAGAAAGAGACCACCGAGCAAGAUGAAGAAAUCCCCAGUCGGCAGCUGGCGUUCCUUCUUUAACCUUGGGAAAUCAUCAUCUCUCUCCAAGAGGAAAUUGCAGCGCAACCCAAGUGAGCCUUCUGAAAUGAAAACCAUAGCCCUGGCAGGAGGACGAGGAGACAGUGGGACCCUGCGCUCCGCUAAGAGUGAAGAGUCUCUCUCGUCUUUGCAUGCCAUAGAUGGUGAAUCUAAACUGUUCCGGCCCAGAAGGCCACGGUCCAGCAGUGAUGCCUUGUCUGCUUCCUUCAACGGGGAGCUCUUGGGGAACAUGAACCGCUGCAAUUCCUAUGACAACCUGCCCCAUGACCAGGAGAGUGAUGGGGAUGAAGGGCAUAUCCACGUUCCUGCUCUCAUCUCCCCACGGUCAGCUGAGGAUGUUGACCUAAGCCCGCCUGAGAUUGGUGUGGCUAGCCUGGAUUUUGACCCCAUGUCUUUUCAGUGCAGCCCUCCCAAAGCAGAGUCUGAGUGUCUUGACAGCAGCACCUCCAUGCUGGAGUCAGUAGACUUUAAUAAGGAUAAACAGAGCAACUUUAAGAAGGAACUAGACUCAGGCAGCCAGUCUCAGACCCCUGGCAGUGCCACAAGCUCUGAACCAGUCUCCCCCUAUCAAGAGAAGACCAUGAGUCCCUUCUUCACUCUAGACUUGAGCCCAACAGAAGAUAAAUCAUCCAAGCCCCAGUUGUUCUUGGAGAAGGUCAGCCACACCUUCUCCCCCAAGAUGGGACGGAAGCCGCUAAAGUCUCCACCACCAAACAUACUGGAGCCUGUCUCCUUCACUCUACCCAGCCGGGUACCAGAUGUCAUUGGAGGGCUGUCAGGGAGCUCAUGUGCUUCAGAGUGGACUAAAGGGAACUGCAGCGCUAGCGAGGCUAUAAACAGGUCCCCACCUGAGAUGAUAAUUUCACCCUUGAGAGCCACUGAGCUGAGUCCAAGUGAAGGACACCAGCAAGAGUUCCGGAGUCAAGGAGAUACUAAGAAAGCUGAACUUCAAGAAGAGGUGGAACAGCCCUUGGCCAGCAGCAGCCAGAGUGAGCCUGUACCUUCUGGACAGACGCAGCCAGGAGUGGUUGCCCUCGACUCCCCCCAGGAUCCUGUGCCAGUCAAUUCUGUCUCUGUUGUCCCUCCUCCGCCACCGAAAAAUGCAGCACGCAUGCUAGCUUUAGCCCUAGCAGAGUCUGCCCAGCAAGCCUCUGUUCAGUCCAACAGGAAACCAGAUGCUCUUUCUGACUGUAUCACCUAUGCAGAGGCAGAGAGCAGAGAAACUGUAGAAAUGUUCCAUCCGUAUUCUGGUGUCACUCCAGAGAAGCUUCAUCUCUAUGCUGCUCUACCAGAGAAUCCGCUCAGUUUUCAGGCCACUGCGCCUGCGGAUCACCACAGAAGCGGAUUACCUAUAGACAAGGUCUUUCCAAACAGUGGCAUGCCAGAGGGCAACAACUGUUCUCAUGUUGGCACACCUGGAAAUUGGGACCACUCCCUGCUCCCUACUGACAUGCCUGAAGAGCUGCCAAGUGGCACAGAUAUGAGCUGGGACCAUUCCCACUUCCAUCCUCACGUGUCUGGGGAGAUGCGCCACCCUGCUCACUCCGUUCUCUCUGAGGGCCAGAACUACCCUCACUCUUGUGCCAGGGGAGCGGCUGAGCCAGAGCCACCCGUAACCGAAGCACCUCCACAAAACUCUCACCUCCACAGUUGUCUCCCUAUGGAUAAGAACCACAUCCAGACCAACAAGCUUCACUUCCCUGCCUGCACCGUGGAAAAUAAAUAUCAGUUUCUUCCAGCGACUGUUGGGGAGAAAACAGCGACGACUGUUGCCGCUUACGUGACGACGAUUCCAACAACAGCCGCCGAAACAGAACCUGGAGUAUCCAACCAGCACAUUCCUCUCCAUCCUGCCGCAGUCGCUACCAACUGCACGUGGGGAGAAAUUGCACUCAUGACUGCCCAGCACGCUCUUGCUGCCAGCCAUGCAGUUUCGACACAGAGGCCGGGAGAGCAUCAGCCCGCUGUGGGACAAGUGCCAGCUAUGGCCAUUAAACCUUCAAGUGGCCUGGGCCAGGCACAAGAAGAGGCAACUCCAGAGAAAUUGCCUGAGCCUAGACCAGCUGAGGCAGCUCCUGUUUUCGUCACUGAAGGCAGUGCUACUAUCCAGUGUACAUCAGCCACUGCUGUGGCCACCCUCCAUCAGAUCCACUUGGAGAAGCCCCGUGAGAAUGCCAGAGCUCCCCCUUUGCAGUUGCGUUCUGAAUCUGUCCCAGCUCACUCCUCCUAUGGGUCUACACCUCCAGUUCCUCCUGUGAGGACAAUAGAGAGUAAAAUUGCUGCAGCCAUGCAUUCAAACACUGCAGAUCCUAUGAAUUCUACCAAUUACCAUUCCUUUCUUGCUUCCUCUACAUUGCCAUCAUCAGUGGAGGAUACUCUGCUACCUCCUCCCCCAUCCAAACAUUCUUCUCUUCAGUCUUCGUAUUUCUCACAUUCCAAGUCAGAGAGCAACUCCGAGCCCUCAGCGUCGGACAACUAUGUCCAUCACAAGCCUACGUCCAUCCACCAGUACAGGGCCGAAAACAUCCCGCCACAUCUCUAUCACAGUAAGUCUGAGCAACAUCCAGGCUAUCCUUCUCUGUUGGAGACCCCCACGUCUACGGCCCCCAGGUACAACGCAUACGCCACUCAAGGGAAGAGUGCCUCUGUCCAUCACUCCAAACCUCGCGGGCGGGUAGAUUACAUGGCCUCCAUGAGCCCUACGAUGAGGAGCACUAGUUAUGUAGAGGAGACGCCACCGUACCCCUCUAUUCGGCGUGUGCACUCGCUGCAUGUCACAGCUCCAUCCACCAUCAGAUCAGUUCCAAUAUCCCGUACAGAGGUGCCUCCUGACGAUGAGCCGCUGUACUGUCCAAGGCCUCUCUACCAAUAUAAGCCAUAUCAGCCCCAUGCAGAUUAUCACGUCACUCAGCUGCAGCCUUACUUUGAGAAUGGCCGUGUUCAUUAUCGAUAUAGCCCCUACUCAAGCUCCUCAAGCUCCUCCUGCUACACCGCGGCGGAUGGUGGGUUUUAUGAUGUGGAUCCGUAUGGGACAGUGCGACUGAGGCAAUUCCAUCCUCUCUCUGGUCGAGAUUUUGCAUCCUACUCCAGGCUGCAGAGCAAAAGUUUGUACCGCUGUCCAGGCCUGCCACCGUACCCCCGGGGAAGCCUCAUCGGCCACCUGACUGGCAAAGAGCACAGCUUCAUCAGCAGGGACGUGCCACCCGCUCCAGAUGUCAAACCCAUGUACGUCUCGUGGGAUUUGGAGGACAUGGAAAAGUACCGCAUGCAGUCCAUCCGCAGAGAAAGCCGCGCACGUCAGAAAGUCAAAGGGCCAGUCAUGUCCCAAUAUGACAACGUAGCCCCCUUGCUGCAGGACGAGUCACGAACUCUUGAUGUCGUUCACUUGCGCAGUAAAUCUGAUCCUGGGAAAACUGGCCUUCUCACUGUUGCUGACGGGAAAGAAGGCCGGUAUCCGUACAAGGUCGGAACCCCUGAGGGAGACGAACGCUACUAUGUGCCACAUCCAGAUGCCGACGUAGACAGAUCCCAUUACCAUGGAACCUAUGGGAAUGGGCAAUCUGAGAAACCUUCCCUCCCUCAAAAGCAAAGCAGCAUCAGGAACAGGAAACCGCACGAGACGGGUUGUAAUUCAGCCGAGCACAGAACGCACCUGCAGCAUGACGUGAGCCAUAGGCAGCCUCUGGAAUCUAAAAAUGGCCCCCCAUAUGCUGAUUACCGACCGAAGGGGCACCAGGAGCCACUGGAACCAAUUGCAUACCAGCACUCUGGUGGGAAAUACGCUCCAGCCAGCCACGAUGCCUUGAGACUGAAUCAUAAGGAGGUGAAGCUACCAGAGGACAGGCCCGAAGCAGAGCGACCUCGAGCCAGGCAAGCCGUUGGCGUCGAAAAGCACUCCAGAGACUGCUACAAAGAGGGUGAGCACUACGGGCAGCCCGCGGUGCCACCCCCCAAACCAGAACGGAGCCACAGCCUUCGACUCCAACAUCCUGAGAGCAUCGAGCGGGACCCUGGUCUCCUUUACCCGUACCAAACCCUCGGCAAGCGCCAAAGCACCAUGACUGUGGUGUCGCAGUACGAUAAUUUGGAUGACUACCAUACCAUGCCUCAGCACCAAAGAGGGGGCUAUGCUGGAGGAGGGGGGUUCGCCCCCCCCUUUUCUCAUCCACACAGCAGGACUUAUGCCACAGCCUUGGGCCAGGGGGCCUUCCUUCCCUCCGAGCUCUGCCUACAGAGGCCUGAGACUGAGAUCCACGCAGAGUGAGGCUGGAGGGGCAGGAGGGAUAGAGUGCGUAAGCAGCCUCUGCUGGACAGUGGACUGUUUUAUUUUUUCAGUGAUACACAAAAACAAGAAACCCAUCAGAGCAGCUCCCGCCAUUAGCCCCCUCCCUCACUUGGAUCCUGCCCCUUUCAGCUUUCCCCUCUUCCGCCGCCCCAGUUCUCCACCGCUUUCAAGUUUUUAUAUAGUAAAUGUAUAGUUUCCUCUUGCAUUGUCUGAAGGUAGGUUGGAGCAAUCACGCAGGCUUUUCUUAAAACUCGAAGGCAGGAAGAGUUGUGCCGUGAAUGGUUCUCGCGUUCCUUCGUUCGAAACAAUGGCAUUCCCCAUAGCUAUGACACUGUCCUUAGGAGACCUGUGCAUGACAUAUAUGUAUAGAUGGUUUAAUGCAGACAUUUCAUUAUGUCCUUUGUAUGUGAUCACUUAAAGAGAGAUUUAUGGAAUGGCAAGCUUUUUUUUUUUUUUUAAAAAAAAGAAGUAAAUACUUCAACUUGGUCCUUUCAGGCUUAAUGUACCAAACUCUUGUGGGGGGUAGAUGGGAUGGUUUCACAUUAUUUGUCCCAUCUGCAUUUCCAGAUUGUUUCUUAAAUGUUAAUCCAGUGGUCACCCUCUUCCUAAAAAGUACAUUGAAUGCUUUUCAAGCUCCUAAUUCCAUCUGAAAAUUGUCUGUUGAGAUCAGUAGGAGUGGGGUAUGGGGGGGCGGCGAGUGAGGUUUAGAGGAUCAAGAGGCAUUAUCCAGUUGCUCUUAAGAACAAUAAUUUAAGAAGCUGCUUCGUCAAACAUUAAAAUGUUUUGUUGUUUGUUGUUUGUUUUUGUUUUUUAAAGGAGAGAACCUCAAAUGUUGUAAAUGGAGCUUUGCUUUGCCAAACCUGGCAAGUGAGACUUGUAUUUCACAGUCCUAGAAACAUUGCAACAAAUACAUUUUGUUUAUAGCACUCUGUGGAUCAUCCAGAGGGCCUUUUCCAGUGCGUCCUCCAUGGAAUGACUUGGGGCGGCUGGACUUUAGAAUGCUUUUGUGGGAAAGGGUUGUGGUGCAUUCUGAAUCAAGCUGUUGAUGCAGAUUUAAAUCAUCUAUUCACAAAACAGUUUUGUGUCUGCAGCUGACUUCCCAGUUGGUGCUGAUUAUCUGCUGGCAGUGAUGAGUACACGGCUCCAAAUACUGAGGACCAAGUCCUAGCGAAGGCCAGCUGGCUUAACCAAAGGCCAGUGUGUAAUAGCACAUACACCUCUUUCACUCUUGUCAGCAAGGCAAGCUGUUGGCUUUUAAGUGUAGACUGGUGCAUCUCUUAGCACACACUAUGGCACACCAUUGUUUCUCACUUAGAUGCCUGUGGGAACAACAUAUUGGUUUGCUGCUUUAUUGAAAAAAAGAAAUGAAUAUUCGGUGUUUUUAAAAGUGCUGUCCUUGCUGGAUUGGUGGCAAGAUGGGGAAGCCCCACUCUGUUUAGUGUCAGGAUCCAGCGUAGCAAAGGCUACAGGAUUCUGGAAACCGCCUCGCUGGGCUUAAGUCCUAAGGAAACAUCUCAAGCUUUUCUCUAUCUUAGUUCCUUCCUGGUAGCCUGUGUGGGGCAAAGGAUUUGAGGGAACUUGCAUCAAAAUCCUCCUGGAGCUAAAGAUUUGUCCACUUCAUGCUUUCUCCGCCCCCCCAGUAACAAUUAUAGUAAUAAUUUUAAAAUACUGGAUUUUAUGGAGUGGAAAGCCCUUCUAAAAAGCAAGAUAACUUUUGGUUCUCUGUUCCCCUCAUCCAUGCCCUGUCUUUGUUACAGAACAGAGCAGACUGUCUCUUUUUGUUUUGCGUGAUUUGUUAUUUUAAAGACUGAAUACUUCCAUUUCAGGUUGUAUUGUUCCUCAAGCAUGCUAGGUGUAAAUGUAGUGGCGAGAAGAUUCACUGUGAACCAGGCUUACCUCAGCCUCCCUUCUCUCUCCCCAUCCCCUUUUGAGGAACUUCCACAGGCAUUUUUCCCCCUCCGGCUGGAAGAGAAAUAGAGAGAUGAGAUCAUUGGCAUAUGAAGCUUCUACUGUGGGAAGCUAGCAGAUUUUUGUUGCUCAAGAAAGUUAAACGAACCAGUGUUCGAUGUGCUACAAAUCAAAGUUAAACAAACUGGUCUUCGAGGGGCACUUAGCAUCUCAUGCAAGCUUUCACCAACGUCCACUUAAUUUUUUGGAACCAGCCAUUUGAAUGCCGUUAGAGCGGCUCUGCACCUCGACUCUCUUUCUCUGAGUUCCUUCUGGAGUUAAGGCAGGGAAACCCCAUUGUGUUUCAGACGUCUUGAGGUUCAGGUAGCGAGGGCUGCAGUGCAAACCUCUCUCUUCAUGAAAGCCUUAAUUUUCCUUGUUAUCCUCUCCAUAUAUUGGCCUUAAGUUAUCUAUCCUCCAGGUGAGAGAUCAGAACCAAGCCAAUUCUGUAAAUUUUGUAACUUCUAGGGGCGGCGAUUAAAAUCUGACAUUUUCCUCAGCUCGCAAAUCUGUCUAAAAGGUGGCCGGGGGGGGGGGGGGGGGCGGGCAGGAGGCAUGCAGUUGGGUUUUGAACGCUCACCGCUUUGUCAUUUCCCUCACAAGAUUUGAGCUUACAUACUUAUAGCCCCCUAAAUCAGAAAGUUCCACCAAAGCAAUGUACACUUCAAUAAAAACAGCCCUUUUUACUUUGUGGUUUCAAAGCAAGACUUUGCAGUCUUAAUACAUGCCACUUUCUUACACCAACAUUCAUGUCAGUAUCCAAUUUGGGGGGGGGGGUUGUCAUUGGUCUAAAAUAAUCUGCAUGGCGGUACAAUCUUGAGUUUGAAAGGAAGCAGUGUUACCCAAAAGAGCUUCUUGAGUCUGAAGAGCAGCGGCCAUUGCCCUGCCCUGUACAUGUCACCACUGUACCGGUAGAGGAAGCAUUCCCCCACCCAAGAAAGCCAUAAAAUUAACUAUGCAGCUUCUGCCCAUCUCUGUAGUUAAUUUUGGAUCUGUAGAAACGCUCUUCCUUGUGAAUAAGCAAGAGAGAUAGCUUUGGGGUUUUUUUUGUUUUGUUUUGUCCAAUCCGACAACAGAAAGAGUAGUAAUUCUUCUACUGGUCCAAAGAUUAUUAGACAGUAUACUAUGGUUUGCUGGGAGUGAGUGAAGCGGCCCUUGCAAGGGAAGACAAGUGAAGUGGAGUGUCAUUUACCAGCCAUGAGUUCAAGUCCAUACUGGCCCUGAUUUUGGUGAGGAGGCAGAACAGACACUCCUUGGUCUCGAUUCCCAUUUUCUGGGCUCUCAAGAGAAUUUCUCCUUUUUCAGCACUAAGAGAACCAGAUUCCAAUUUCAGUUCCAUUUAACCAUGAAUACAUCCAAAUCCAAGUUUGUGUGGCUGCUCGGAGCAAAAUUGGGCCCCUUUUGUUGACUUGUUAAGUAGACAUAGCAAGUUCUUGAGGUCUUGUAUAGCUGAUCUUAACUUAAAAAAAAAAACUUUUAAGUCAGGUUAAAAAAUUUAUGCAGAUGACAGUGAAAGUAAUUGUGCCUAUGUCUUCAGGGACAUAACCAGGGGGCGGGGAUGGGACUUAUAACACGGGGUCACAAGACAAAUUGCACAGUUGUGGCAGAAGUUGCCACACAAAAACCAAAAUCAGCCUGGGAUCCAGCUUGGUUCCUUUUCAACGAGCAAGAAUUUUGGACCUUCAUGUGUGGACCUUUUUCCCAUUCAUCUCAUUGGGUGCAUUGAUGGCAAAGCAUCAGUUGCCUGUGGUGUGACAUUGUGUGUUAGAGAACUACAUCAUAGACUUAUUUUUUUUUUAAAUUUACUUUUGAAAGAUGGCUUCGGCAUGACAUUUUCUCCAGGAUCUUGUACUAUGGAACCCCGAUUAAGUGAGCAUGGUACAGAUGAACAUGUGCUCAUGUAUCUUUAGUGUCUCCAGUAAGUUUUCUAUUGUAUAGUUCCAAUGCAAAACGAACAAGAAAAUGGUAGUUGUGCUGUUUAUUUUUCCUGCUGUGGAAAACUUGAGUCGUCUUCUGUCCUGAGCCGCAUGAGAGAAGCAUCCCAGAAAGACUUGGGUGAUCUCCAGGUGUUCACUUUAAUUUAUAUAGUGUCUUUUUUUUUUUUAACUUUCUGUGUGUGAGAACUGGUGUAAAAUGUAUAUGCCGAUGAACUCAUGUUCUUUUAUGUAAAUAUUUUUGUGGCACCCUGCUCCCACGCAUCCUGUGUAAAUAUUUCGAAUUCUCAUUUUCUUCACACUGUGUACAAUGCAGGUGUGUUUGGUUUUAUUAUUAUUAUUUUUUUAAAUUUGUACUGUAAUGCUAUGAUCAGACUUGAGGUGUCUUGUGCUAUUAAAAAAAAAAAAGAACUAACGGUCCCACAAAACUCAGAUGUACAACUCAACAAUUAAUGAAGCCAGGUUAAAA